AACAUCCCGACUUGAACAUCGACCACCAAUGCCUGGACCGGACUUUAAUACCACCUCCUUUGGCCUGCUGCGUGACCAAGUGGUAGUUAUCACUGGUGCAUCCCAAGGAAUCGGCAAAGGGAUCGCCCUUGGUUGUGCUCGCCAAGGCGCACACGUAGUCCUGCACUAUUUGGGAAACGAGCAAACAGCUAAAGACGUCGAUGAGAUAGUUAAGGAGAUCAGAAACAUCGAUCCGACGAGGAAGACAGUGGUCGUGGGCGGAGAUAUCAGCAAUCCGACCACCUCCACCAGGAUAGUGGAAGAAUCGCUGAAGACGUUCGGGCGAAUAGAUUGCCUUGUCUCCAAUGCCGGAAUCUGCCCAUUCUACUCCUUUCUUGAUAUUCCACACGACGUUUGGAAUUUAACACGAAGUGUCAAUCUCGAUGGUACAUUCUACGUUGUCCAAGUUGAAAGCAGGCGCCUAGCAUGCGCCAAACAGAUGAAAGGACAAACUCCUCAAGGCGGGUCAAUUGUGGCCGUGUCGUCAAUAUCCGCCCUGGUAGGAGGAGGGCAGCAAGCACAUUACACUCCCACAAAAGCUGGUGUGAAAUCUCUCAUGGAAAGUUGUGCUAUCUCCCUCGCACCGUAUCACAUCCGUUGUAACUCCGUCCUACCUGGCACGAUUGAGACACCAAUCAAUGCCGAAGACCUGUCACGUCCUGAGAAGAGGCAGCAUAUGGAAGGACGCGUCCCCCUGGGUCGGCUGGGUAGACCGGAAGAUCUGGCAGGACCGACAAUUUUCUUGCUCUCAACAAUGUCAAGCUAUGUGACGGGAGCGUCUGUAUUGGUGGAUGGAGGGGCAUUCGUCAAUCUCCAAUAG